AUGGUCAGUUUUGACGUCCAGUCGCUAUUUACAAGCCUACCGGUACAAGACUGCAUUGAAAUUGUCAAGAAGAGGUUAUGUGAGCAGAACAUGUCAGAGGAAUAUGCUAAGCUGUUGGAACAUUGCCUUACAUCUGGCUACUUGCUAUGGAAUGGUGAAUUCUACCUUCAAGUCGACGGCGUGGCCAUGGGGUCUCCGGUGUCUCCAGUAGUCGCUGACAUCUUUAUGGAGGACUUCGAGGAGAGGGCACUCUCAUUGGCUCCUGUGCGACCGAAGAUAUUUAAAAGAUACGUAGAUGACACUUUUACUAUACUUCCAAAAAGUAGUGUUUCAACUUUCUUGGAUCACCUAAAUUCCAUCCAUAGCAAAAUAAAAUUUACUAUGGAGUUGGAAAAAGACUGUUCUCUCCCCUUCUUAGAUGUAUUGGUAAAAAGAAAUCCUGAUAACACCCUAGGUCGCACUGUGUAUAGGAAACCUACUCAUACUGAUAGGUACUUAAAUGGCAAAUCGCAUCACCAUCCCAGUCAACUUGUUACAGUAGGCAAAUCUUUGUUUCAGAGAGCCCAGAGGAUAUGUGAUGACCAGCAUCUGGCCGCGGAGCUCCAGCAUGCCAGGCGCGCGCUCCAGGCAAACGAGCUCAGGAUACCGCGGGUCAACCAGAGGUCCCACAUUAAGAUCCCCACAGUCGAGCGCAGGCCUGCCAUUCUGCCUUUUGUCAGGGGGGUCACGGACAGGAUCAGCCACAUCUUGAAGCGUGCUUCUAUAAAAACAUAUUUCAAGCCAAUGAAGAAGAUGUCACAAUUCCUGAGGCCUGUAAAAUGCAAUACCCCUCUACAGACUGCAGGAGUGUACAGGCUGGACUGUGAGUGUGGCCUAUCAUAUGUCGGGCAGACGAAACGGAGCAUUUCCACUCGGGUGAAGGAACACAUAGCUGAUGUCAAGCACCGUCGACCUAGGUCUGCUGUCUGUGAGCAUGUCAUGGAUAAAGCCAAUCACUCAAUCAAGUUUGAUAAGCCUCUGGUUCUUGCCAAGGAGAAGCGUUACAUACCCAGAAUGCUGCGCGAGGCCAUUGAGAUUAAGAAAUAUCCAAACUUUAAUAGGGAAGAUGGCUUUUCUCUACCACCAGCUUGGGAUCCUGUAGUCCACCUGAUAAAGGAGCAAGCGAGACAUAGACUGUGAGACCGUAGUGUUGGAUGAUGCUGGACAUUCUGAUGUUUUGAAAAG